AUGGCCGGUGGCUUCCACCGGACCGGGGACGCGUCGCACUUGAGCGCCGAGAUCCUGGCCGAUGGUCUCGUGUGCCAGGGCACCGAGGCGAGCUUGCGAGACUGCAGCUUCCGAGGCUGGCAGCUUCACGACUGCACUCCGCAGGAGUCUGCAGGCGUCCGCUGCGAACUGGACGCCUGGAGCGAGUACGCCUUUGCCGCGGGCCCUUCGGGACGUCGAGACCAGAGCAUGGUCUGGGACCCGGAGACGCAGUCUGCCCUGAUGUUUGGGGGUGAAGCUGCCAACACCUUCCAGUACUUUGCGGACCUCUGGCGCUACGACUGGCCCUCGCGUACUUGGUCGGAGCUCUCUCAACCCGGCCCGGCACCGAGAUCGGGCCACAGUGCCGUGUGGGACCCUGCUUCAAGAACCAUGGUCGUCUUCGGGGGCAGGCACCUGGCAGAUCCCUACAGCGAAAUCUGGGCUUAUCGGCUUGAGCGGAGAGCAUGGGAGCUAUGGACAGCGCCUCAACCGCCGACCCCGCGCAUAUACCACGCAGCACUAUGGGAUUCGAGCAGGCAGGCCAUGCUGGUCUUCGGUGGAGAGCAUGGCGACAGCACUUUGCAAGACCUCCAGCAUUUCAGCGUUGCCGCGAAGUCCUGGAUGCCUCCUGGUGCUCCUGCACCCAAUCCACGUAGCAGGCACACGGUCGUCUGGGACGCCACCACCCACGCCAUGCUGGUGUUUGGGGGGUGGGAUGGUCAGCAAUAUCUUUCCAGCCUCCAGCGCUACGACGCCUGGGCCGACAGCUGGGCCGACCUUGCAGCCGUGGGCACCGCGUCUCCUUGGCCACGUGGCUUUCACGUGGCAGCUUGGAACGCCAUCACCAGGAGCCUCCUGGUUUUCGGUGGCAUCCAGAAUUCGACGGAGUCCCAAAGCCUGAGCUAUGACGAUGGUCUUUACAGCUUCAGCCUCCUGACGCGCACCUGGACAGAGCUGGGUCGGUGGGCGAACAUCCCCGGCCCCUCGGCUCGCGCGCACUCCAGCAUGGUCUUCGAUGCGGCAUCCCCAGCGCUGCUGCUUUUCGGCGGCUUCGAUGCCUCCUACCUGCGUGAGUUGUGGAGAUACGUGAUGUCGGCUAAGGCCUCGGUGCCUGUCCUGCGCUGCCAGCUUGGGCAGCCUUGCUCGCUGGAUGAGAAGCUCAUGGUGAAGCAGGCCUGCCAGGACCCCGGCGGCUUUUCUGGAGGCCAGGGACUCGCUGGGACACGCUUGUUUGUGGAGCCGGGCACCUAUGACUUGUGCGGUUGUGAUGGCCAGAACUGCAGUGAGCCAACAGAUUUCGGGGCAGCCCGUGGCCAUUUCAUCGCAGAAGGGCCAUACACCAAUCAGUCUGCCAGCUGCUACAUUGGUCUCAUGUGCACAGUGCCUGCUUGGAAAGGUGUCGGCGUCUCCAGCAACGACAGCCUGAUUGUCCGAAAGGACUGCCGCUCCAUGCAGGUAUCCGUGUACAGCGGCAUUUUCGAAAACCCCCGCCUGACAAAACCCUUCAUGUUCAGAUUGUCCUGGAGGGCACUGAACGUGUAG